GUCCGUACAAAUAACUCGCAGUAGAGUUUUCCAGUAGAGAACGAAUCGGAGCUCUGUUAUAUCAGCAAUUAUCAGCGACAGUAACUAUCUUCAGAUACUAAGAAUAGGAGAGAGCCUUGGACCAUCCGGGAAGUAAGGAAUUGCUUUUUCUCGUAAACUUUUAUUCCCAAAGACAUUUUGGACAUCUUUGUGGGAGCCACAGUCACUUUCGUUGGGUCUAUCUGAGUGAAGUUUGCCCACAGAGCUGCUCAAGCUGCUCCUCUGAAAAACAGACUAUCACCCGACAGUCCUUAUCUGGAGUGGAUUUGUUAAUUAUCCGGCGACUGGAUAACGAAAAACCGCCGACGACUCGCCGAAGUGUCUUUACGGGUCCCGCUUUGUCCCAGGAGUCAGUACCCAUAUUCUCCCAAAUAGGACGAGUAUACGGUGUCAGAAUGUACCAAAGCCUUGCUUUGUCAUCCAACCAGUCCCCAUAUGCACACGAUGCAGGGAACUAUAUGCACCCUUCGGCGAGUUCCCCCGUGUACGUGCCCACUACGAGGGUGCCUGCUAUGCUGCAAACCCUGCCGUACUUGCAGACAUGCGAGUCCACCCAUCAGUCCCAUGGCCUCGGCGGGCAUCAUGGAUGGCCUCAGACUGGCACAGACAGUUCGUCCUUCAACCCGGGCAGCCCCCAUCCGCACCCCGGGUUCUCCUACUCUCACAGCCCACCAGUAAGCAGCAAUACAGGCAGGGACACAACCUACCAAAACCCGCUUGUGCUCAGUAACGGUGGUCGGGCCGACCAGUAUGGCAGCGCUUUGGUACGGUCUGUUGGAGGAUCAUACUCGAGUCCCUACGCCUACAUGAGCCCUGAGAUGGCAACCUCUUGGACACCAGGCCACUUUGAGAGCGGCAUGAUCAGUCUUCAGGGACGGCAAGGUUGCCUGUCUGGGAGAAGGUCCAGUUUGGACAUGUUGGAGGAGUUCCCGGGAGAGGGUCGUGAGUGUGUAAACUGCGGCUCCAUCUCCACUCCUUUGUGGCGACGAGACGGUACCGGGCACUACUUGUGCAAUGCCUGUGGCUUGUACCACAAGAUGAACGGAAUCAACAGGCCACUCAUCAAACCACAGAAACGCCUGCAGACCACAUCUCGCCGGGCCGGCCUGUGCUGCACUAACUGCCUCACCAGCACGACUACGCUGUGGCGUCGCAACGCAGAGGGAGAGCCUGUCUGCAACGCCUGUGGCCUGUACAUGAAACUACAUGGAGUCCCCAGACCACUGGCCAUGAAGAAGGAAAGCAUUCAGACCAGGAAACGGAAACCUAAGAUGCCCAAGUCCAAACCCUCAACAGGAGGGUUGUCAGCCUCAGGCACCAACUCACCGUCCUCCUUGUCUGUCUCGGAACAUGCAUCUACGAUAAAGAGUGAACCCAACAUGGCCCCCUCACCCUACGCUGGACAGACCGUAGCCUCUGUGUCUCAGGCUUCAUCACAUCUGGACAGUUCAGGACAUGUCGACAUCAAAUACGAGAACUACCCCUUUACGCCCACGUCCGUCGCCCCACAGAACUCCUGGUGUGCUCUGUCUCAGGCAUGAGCUUGACCGCAGCUCACCGUGUCCUGAUUCUGGAACCAGCGCAGCUCACCAUGUCCUGAUUCUGGAAGCAGCUCAGCUCACCGUGUCCUGAUUCUGGAAGCAGCUCAGCUCACUGUGUCCUGAUUCUGGAACCAGCGCAGCUCACCAUGUCCUGAUUCUGGAAGCAGCUCAGCUCGCCGUGUCCUGAUUCUGGAAGCAGCUCAGCCCACUGUGGAUUUUAUAGACUUGUGACACGAACUACCUAUUAUAGACUUACUCUCUUUCCCAUGUGGCCGGAGGGAAGAAAAACCAGAAGGAAGCGACGGCAAUCAAGUGGAAUGUAUAGAAAUAACUUUUUUUAACUGGCGACUAUCAACACUAUUUCUAGUUGUAGUUUUUGUUGUGGUUGUCUUUGUUGUUGUUGUCAUUAUUGACAUUUUUCUAAUAGCACCAUCACAGUUUCACGUGGUAUUUCAGUCAAUAACCAGGAACAGUUCAACAAGUUAUCACGGAGUGUUAUUCACACAUCCAGAAGGACAAAACACGCAAGUGUUUUAUUACCUCUGAACAUGUUUCAUUACUAGCGUGUCGAUGAUUAACUUCUAUAUACAUUAUUUAUGUUAAAGAUAAGAAGAGUCAUGAAACUCCAAAGCCAACAUGUCAUAUCCCAGAAGGCCAUUCCCUUCUAAGAAUGCCUUGUGUGUUCAAGGUAUGAAAUCUAAAAUAGAAAGUAUACAUGUACACAGAUACUGUAUAUACUGUAUAUGUUAUCAGAUAUGUCGAAAGUGUAUAAAUACUUUUUUUAUUUUAGAUGUCAUAAUUGCAUACUUGAAUUCGUUUUCAUUUUUUCCCAAGACCCCCUGUUCUAUUAGUUCAGCUUUUGACAAUGUAUUGUCUGAUCAUUUAAAGUGCAAUGACUUAAUUUAAAAAAUAAAAAAUAAAAAAUCUUUUGAAUUA